AUCCAGAAAGGAAUGGCUUUGCUGAUUUCAGCCUUUAACAAAUACUCAGAAAAGGAGGGAGACAAAAAGACCCUGAGCAAAGGCGAGCUCAAGGAUCUGCUCACAGCAGAGAUGGGAGACAUCUUUAGGAAAUCCACUGACAAGACAGCUCUGGACAAGAUUUUUAAGGAUCUGGAUGCAAAUGCAGAUGGCACUGUGGACUUCCAGGAGUACGUCACAUUGGUCGCCUGCCUCACUAUGAUUUGCAAUGACUUUUUCAAAAAUCAAUGAUCUUGUCCUUACAGAACGUUUAUCUGUAAAGUGGUGUUGCAUCUGAAACUAACAAUAAAGGUUUUUAAUGAUUUGAAU